AUACAAAGUGGGAGGAAGGCCAGGCAAGCAUGAACUAUAUAAGCCAGUCGUGGAACUGAGUCAGGCACAAUCCAUCGCCAACCACUCACACCAUGGCUGCUCGUGUUACUUCCUUGGAUCUGUCUUGCUUUCGCCAGCCUGGUGCUUGCAGGAGUGGUGAAGGGCGCUCACCUCCGAGCUGGGACAUGCGAGUACAACGGCGUAACAUACUGGGGAGGCGAGACCAUCGAGUCUCUGCCGGAGCAAUGCACUGAGCUCAAGUGCAAGUGGUCCGCCGACGGGAACCCGGCGGUGCAGCUGAUGCCCAUCGACGGAUGCAGCUGCACCGCCGCCAGGGCUCUCCCGAGCGACCACGAAGCGGAGGACCUCCACGCCCAGACCCGCCAGACCAAGAGCCAGUGUCUGUUCAACGGCCAGCUCAGGUGGGGCGGCGCCGUCCUCGACCGGAUCGACGAGAACUGCGUCAAGCUCGUCUGCAAGAGUGUGGCCGGCGCGCAGAAUUAUCCCGAGUUGCAGACAACGUCGGGCUGCACCUGCACUCAGCAAUCAUCCACGACCACGUCAACUACAACCACACCAACUACAACCUCAACCACAACACCAACUACAACCACGUCAACUACAACCACACCAACUACAACCUCAACCACAACACCAACUACGACCUCCUCAACUACAACCACACCAACUACAACCACACCAACUACAACUACACCAACUACGACCACCUCAACCACAACGACACCAACUACAACCACGUCAACUACCACUACACCAACAACGACCACUUCAACCACAACUACAACCACAUCAACUACAACUACACCAACUACAACCACAACUACAUCAACUACCACUACACCAACUACAACUACAACUACACCCACUACCACCACAACCACAACCACUCCCAUUACAUCUAGUACAACACCUACAACACCACGAACAACAAAAAUGGCCACACCUCCGACAACCACACUAACUACAUCAACAACUACCACAGUAACUACAACCACUCCAACUACAACCACAACUACACCAACUACAACCACGACACCAACUACAACCACUCCAUCUACAAUCACAACUACACCAACUACAACCACUCCAACCACAACUACACCCACUACAACUACACCAUCAACUACGACAACGGCCCCUACAUCAACUACAACCCCUGCAACUACACUAACUAUAGCAGUCCCUACUAUGACAACCCCAACAACCACGGAAGAUGCCACCGUCAAGGCCUGUCAGGAGGAGACGACAACCGAAGCCCCCACAACCACAGUGUCAGUUACUGACACCACCGAAGCUUGCGUCGGCACCGUGUGACACCCGCGGCCAAGAUGGUGAAGCCUCUGUGUACUAAAUUCAAUAAUAUUCUUAAAGGUAAUGGCCAGACCCGUUUUCGUUUUGCCCGAAUCUGUGCUUUGAUAUCAAAUAGUAACAUUUAAUCGAAGAAUGAAUCUGAUGAGGAGUUCUGACGGAAGUGGCCUUGAAAAUCGCCGAAUGUGAAUCUCAGGAGAGAAAAAGAUCGGGAAAUCUUGAUGACGUCACAAUAGGUAAGUGACCGAUGCUGCCAGCGAUGAAUAUAUUGUAGAAAGUCGGUUAAGAUAAGUGACGACGUGUUUCUGUGACGUCAAAAAGCCUUGGAAGCAUUGCUCCUGAAAUUCAGAUUUGUUAGGAGACUGCCAACAGUUUAGGAGCGGAUGUCGUCAAAACUACCAGCUAUAUUGAUUUCAUUUGUUGAUCAAGUCCAUUAUAUUGAUAGCAAAGAGUAAGUUUGGAUAAAAUAAGAAAAUAUUUGGUUCUGGCCAUUAUGUUUAAGCUUUAGGAAUCUAUUGGCGAAAUUUGAAAUCACGGCUUCAGUGAAUGUAUGAGGAAUGACUAAAAUAAAGAAGCACUGUUGA